AAGGCGUAAACACUGGAGCUGGCUCUCUGGGUUCCCAGAAACCUCGUUCUUUCCUCAUUUUCAUCCUUGCAGUUGCGGCAUCCAUUCUCAAUACUUAUAAAGAUGAAUGUCGAGAAGCUCAUGAAGAUGGCUGGUGCUGUCCGCACUGGUGGAAAGGGUAGCAUGAGAAGAAAGAAGAAGGCUGUCCACAAGACUACUACCACUGAUGACAAAAGGCUGCAGAGCACCCUCAAGAGAAUAGGAGUGAAUGCUAUUCCUGCAAUUGAGGAAGUCAACAUAUUCAAGGAUGAUGUUGUUAUCCAGUUUAUUAACCCAAAAGUUCAAGCUUCUAUUGCUGCCAACACCUGGGUUGUUAGUGGUUCACCUCAGACAAAGAAGUUGCAAGAUAUUCUCCCCGGAAUCAUCAACCAAUUGGGGCCAGAUAACUUGGACAACUUGAGGAAGUUGGCAGAGCAAUUCCAGAAGCAGGUACCUACUGCUGGUGCUGAAGCAACCGCCACUCAAGAAGAGGAUGAUGAUGAUGUUCCACAACUUGUGGGUGGUGAGACGUUUGAAGCUGCAGCAGAAGAAGGCCAGGCUGCUAAAUAGUGCUUUUAGAGAUUUUUGUUGUGUUGUUUUGCAUGGAAUUGCAUUUUUGUCUUCCAAUUUAUUCUUGUCCUAGUUGAUACCCUCCCUGUGACUCACUGGAUAGUGUUACCUUACCCUAAUGUUUUGGUUCACAGCAAGUCUUCUAUUUUCUGA